GUCUGGGCUUUGGGUGAGACGGGGAAUUAAUUACCUGGGGCAGCUGUGAGCGGGCUUUAGGUCAGGGUAUAAAGGCCCCAGAGCAGCAGUUUCUCUCUAUGCUGGGUUUGCUGCAGGCAGGCAGGAUGGGAUAUAGAGGUAGCAUGAGCUUUGCUCUCCUGUGCUGGGUGGUCAGUGGGGUGACCUGUUACAAUCCCUGGGAUUUCUCUAGGAGAGACUCAGCCAUCUGGAGACCAUCCCCCAGGGCUGAGCCCCCUCGCAGACAAGCCCAUGUGCCCUUUCUUGCCCAGCCCUACCCCUGGGCUCGAGUUGAUGCUUCCCAGCUCAGGGCUGUGUCCCCGCUGCAGCCUGUCACGGCGCAGUGUGAGGAGGCUCAGCUGAUGAUCACUGUGCACAGGGAUCUGUUUGGGACAGGGCAACUGAUCAAAGCUGCUGACCUGAGCCUUGGCCCGGCCGCCUGCCAGUACACAUCCCUUAAUGCUGCAGAGAACACAGUGACUUUUACAGCUGGGCUCCAUGAAUGUGGCAGCACCUUACAGAUGACCCCAGACUCCCUGAUUUACAGCACGAGCUUGAACUAUAACCCCACCCCUGCCAGCAACCCAGUGAUCCUGAGAACCAGUCCAGCUGUGAUUCCCAUUGAGUGUCACUACCCCAGGAAGGACAAUGUGAGCAGCAAAGCCAUCAAGCCAACAUGGGUUCCCUUCAGUUCCACCCUGUCUGCUGAGGAGAGGCUGGGUUUCUCCCUGCACCUGAUGAAGGAUGACUGGAGUGCUGAGAGACCCUCCAAUGGAUUCCAGCUGGGGGAGGUCAUGCAUAUCCAAGCUGAUGUCAGCACUGGGAACCAUGUGGCUCUGAGGCUCUUUGUGGACAGCUGUGUGGCCACCCUGACCCCAGACAGGGACUCCUCUCCCCGCUAUGCUGUCAUUGACUUCAAUGGGUAA